AUGCCAUUUUUAAGGUUAAGGUACAAAGCUCUUUGUGUUUCUUUUAAUGCCAAUUUGAUUCUUCAUCCUCGAUUAUUACACUCAUUCAAUAAUCCUCUUCCUUCGUUCAUUCCCAAUGUCGACGACGCUGCUUCCUCUUUCAAUCGCAUCCUUCGUAUGAACAACCCUACUAAACCUAUAUUUGAAUUUAACAAGAUCUUAUCUUCUCUUGUUAAGUUGAACCAUUUUCAUACUGCUAUUUCCUUUUAUAAACAAAUGGAAAUCAAACCAAUUCAACCUAGCAUUUUUACUUUAACCAUCUUGAUUAAUUGUUUCUGUCACCUUGGUCACCUAAAUUUUGCUUUUUCUAUAUUGGCCAAGAUUCUCAAGCUGGGUUUUGAACCUAAUACCAUAACAUUGACUACACUUAUGAAAGGUCUUUGUCUUAAUGGUAAAGUUAAGGAAGCUCUUUACUUUCAUGAUGAUGUUAUAGCAAAGGAGUUUCAACUUAAUCAAGUUAGUUAUGGGACCUUGAUUGAUGGGUUAUGCAAAGCAGGAGAAACAAGAGCUGCCAUGCAGGUUCUUAGAAAUAUUGAUGGGCUGUUGGUUCAGCCUAAUGUGGUCAUGUACAGUACAAUUAUUGAUAGAUUAUGCAAGGAUAAACUUGUAAUUGAUGCUUUUGAUUUAUAUUCUGAAAUGGUUGCCAUGAGAAUAUUUCCUAAUGUGGUUACCUAUAAUACUUUAAUAUAUGGCUUUUGCAUUGUGGGUCAAAUGAAACAAGCAAUUGAUUUGUUAAAUGAAAUGUUGUUGAAAAACAUCAGCCCCAAUGUUGUAACUUUUAACACAUUGGUUGAUGGUUUAUGUAAGGAAGGAGAGAUGAAAAAAGCUAGAAAAGUGUUAGCUUUUAUGAUAAAACAAGGCGUGGAACUUAAUGUUGUUACUUAUAGUUUUUUGAUGGAUGGGUAUUUCUUGGUCAAAGAAGUGAAUAAGGCCACAUUUGUGUUCAACACUAUGGUUAGAAGGGGAGUGACUUCUAAUGUUCAUAGCUAUACUGUCAUGAUUAAUGGACUAUGUAAGAAUAAAAUGGUGGAUGAAGCCGUUAAUCUCUUUAAAGAAAUGCAUUUAAAAAACAUGGCUCCUGAUAUUGUAACAUACAAUUCACUUAUCGAUGGUCUUCUCAAAUAUGGGAGAAUCUCUGAUGCUUGGGAUCUUGUAAAUGAGAUGCAUAAUAGAGGCCAACCUGCUGAUGUGAUCACUUACAAUUCCUUAUUGGAUGCUUUGUGCAAAAACCAUCAGGUUGACAUGGCAAUCACAUUAUUUACGAAGAUAAAAGACCAAGGAAUUCAGCCGAAUAUAAAUACAUACACAAUACUUGUCGAUGGUUUAUGCAAAAAUGGAAGACUUAAGGACGCGCAAGAGGUCUAUCAGAUUCUUUUGAUUAAAGGCUAUCAUUUAGACGUGAGGAUGUAUACUGUUAUGAUUAAUGGCCUUUGUAAAGAGAGCUUGUUCGAUAAAGCAUUAUCCUUACUGUCAAAAAUGAAAGACAAUGGUUGCACCCCUAAUCCUGUAACUUUCGAAAUUCUUAUCCGUGCUUUGUUUGAAAACGACAUGAAUGAUAAGGCAGUGGAACUUCUUCGUAAAAUGAUUGUUAGAGAUCUACUAUAA